AUGGGCUCAACCAAACCAAAUGAUGAAUACAAAAAACCCCAAAAGUAUGUGCCAGGACCCGGUGAUCCUGUACUGCCACCACAACUGUCUGAAUUCAAAGAUAAAACAUCCGAUGAAAUCCUUACAGAGAUGAACAGGAUGCCUUUCUUUAUGACCAAAUUGGAUGAUACUGACGGUGCUGGUGGUGAAAAUGUAGAAUUAGAAGCCUUAAAGGCAUUGGCGUAUGAGGGCGAACCACAUGAAAUUGCUGAAAACUUUAAAAAGCAAGGGAAUGAACUAUAUAAAGCGAAAAGAUUUAAAGACGCAAGAGAGCUUUACACCAAGGGUAUAGCCGUGGAAUGUGAGGAUAGAUCUUUAAAUGAAUCACUUUUUGCUAACAGGGCUGCAUGUGAGUUGGAAUUGAAAAAUUACAGAAAGUGCGUUGAAGAUUGUGGUAAAGCACUGACUAUAAACCCAAAAAACAUUAAGUGCUAUUAUCGUAUAAGUAAGUCCUUUUUUCAAUUGAGUAAACUCGAGGAAGCCAAGUCAGCUGCAUUAUUUGCUAAGGAAAAAAUUGACCCAGAAAACAAAUCUAUUUUGAGUAUUCUAUCAGUGAUUGAAGAAAAAGAGCAAGAGCUCAAACUGAAAGAGGAGAAAAAGAAAAAAGAAGCUCAAGAUCGUGAAAAUGAGAAAAUUAUGCUUGAAAGUGCCAUAACAUUAAGGAAUAUAACCAACAUAAAAACACAGUCUCCAGUAGAACUAUUGAAUGAAGGCAAGAUAAAAUUAGAAGACUCAAUGGAUUUUGAAUCUCAAUUGAUUUAUCCAGCAUUAAUCAUGUAUCCCACGCUGGAUGAGUUUGAUUUCGUAGGUGAAGUAAGUGAGCUGACCACCGUACAAGAACUUAUUGAUCUGGUUAUGGAUAGACCACAAGAAAGGUUUGAAAAAGAAGGUAAACAAAACUUUACUCCAAAGAAAGUUUUGGCAUUUAUGGAAACAAAGGCUGGUGGCUUAAUUAAAGCUGGUAAGAAAAUAGCAUUCCAUGAUAUCUUAAAAAAAGUUACACCGGAUGUGCCAUUAUUCGAUAACGCUUUGAAAAUAUAUAUUGUACCAAAAGCUGAAAGUGAAGAAUGGAUAUCGAAAUGGGAUAAAMAAAAAGCCUUAGAAAGGAGAUUCUUGUAA